UGGCCACCUGUACAUUUUUCAACCUGUAUCUCUGGUUUCAUGAUGAUGGUUAUUGAAUUGUUAUAAUGCUAAUGUGACCCUGUUGUCGAUUUCUAGUGACUCUCCUUGUUCAUUAAGUUGAUGUGUCAGUUAGAGACAUAAUUUGGGGUACAGGGAUGGGUAAUGUGGAAGUGACGGACAUGGCUCCUGUCCGGAGUGAUGAACGAAAGGAGCUUAAUAUCAGCCGCAAGGUCAACUACAGGCAAUACUGUAAGCAUGUCCAGCAUGAAUAUUCCGAGGCCUGUAUGAUGGAACUGCCAUGGAGCAUUCGAGACUCAAUCUCCCUGUAUGAACGGAUGGAUGCUUCGUUCCACAUGCUGACAGAACUGCCAGUUGAACUGCCAUUGCGACUGCCCCAUCUCAAUUACCUGAACCUUAGCUAUAACAAACUUACUACCCUGCCGGAGAGCUUUUCAUUAUUGUUCCACCUCAAGACGCUUCUGCUAAGUCACAACCAGAUCCAGCAUCUGCCAGAGUCUUUCAUCCACCUUGUCAAGUUAGAAAAACUAGACAUAUCACACAAUUCCUUGCGAGAACUGCCAGAGGAAAUCGGUGCAAUGGAAUCGCUCAAGAAGCUCAACCUCUCAAAUAACAAGUUAAAGUUAUUACCAGUGUCUUUGGGGACUUCUGAAAAGUCGUUAACAGUUCUUGCUGGGAAUAAUCGCAUGACUUUUCCCCCGCAAAAGAUAUGUAAUGAGGGCUCUGAUGCAAUUAUUCGAUACUUGAAGAGGAACUGUACAAAUGGGGUGAUAAUUUCAACCAAACAUGACAUCAAUCAGUUCCCACGGGUACGCGGAAACCAACCGCCAUCGGCUGUCGUGAAUCCACAUUCUGCACAAGCACAGUACAUACAAACACAGACACACACAGCUAAUACUCCUAGUCGAAUCAAAACGCCUCUGCUCCCACCUCUUGGAUCUAGUCAGCUGGAUGCCCUCGACCUCAGAGAUAGGAUUGUAGGUUUAAUAUAUGGUGCUGCGGUAGGUGACGCUGUGGGCAUCGCCACUCAGUUCAUGGACCGGGACGAGUGUGAAUUCCACUAUAAUCGAGAUGACCUAAAGUAUCGGGACAUUGUACGCGACACACACAGGGUGCGAUGGAGGCCGGGAGACUGGACAUGUUAUUUUGAUCAUUUUGUCUUGGUGCUUGACAGUGUUAUUCAGUGGGGUGGUGUCGUUGACGAACUUGACUUUGCCAAGAGGUUACAUUCCUGGUCUAAAACAGGCUUCCCUGAGUUGGGAGAUACUGAUGGUUACACGUACUGUAACACUAUUGUUAAGGUAUUGAAUAAUGACACAUUCCUUGCCUCACCCCAUUUGACUGGUCAAGCGUUGAUUGAUGGAUUGAUGAAGCAUCAGCAGAAGAUAGAAGCAGCAGACGUUGAUGAGGAUAAUCUGGACCAGUAUGCUGAUAAUGGCGCCAUUGUCAGGGCGGCUGUUCUUGGCAUUCCACUAUUCCACGACCUGAGUGAAGUGGCUGAGAACACGGUCCGUAUCUGUAAAGCUACUCAUGCUGACCCCCGAUGUGUGUCAUUGUCUGUGUGGGUGGCAUCCAUGGUGGCUCUUCUCCUUCAGGGUGAAUCCAACACAUCAACAUCAGCUGGUGUUGAGGAGAUCCUUGCAAAAUGUAGUGAUGAAGCCAGGAAGCAACUGAAGGAAGACAACCACAUCCAGGAGUUUGAAAGAUAUCUUCAAGUCAAGAAUUUUGAUGGUGUGGAUGUUGACCAGCCAGGACGAAUUGUUUAUGUCUUCAAACCGGUCGCAGCAGCUGUAGCUGCCCUAAGACAGCAGUUGGACUACAAGUCUGCUAUCUCCGACCUAGUUAUGCGCGGAGGAGACAGUUGUGCAAAUGCCACAGUAACUGGUGCUGUCCUUGGUAGUAAAGUUGGAUAUUCAGCACUGCCGAAACACUGGAUUCGGGAUUUACGCAAAAAGCAAACAGAUUGGCUUAAUACAAAGAUAAAUGCUUUGUUAGAUAUGAUGGGUAUACCAUAGGUUGUUGAUGCAUUCCUUAUUGUCUUUGACUGCCUGGAGACUGCUUGGCAUUCUCUCUACAGAUCAUUACUAUUGGAAUGGUGGACAC